AAAAUGUAGGUGGACAUUUAUGUCCUUUGUAUAUACCUUGCCUUUUAAGUACACUUAUUUUCUACCUCUAUUUUCCUUUCUUUCUUCUUCUUCUUCUUCUAUUUCCCUUGUGUGACUCUCUAGCAAAAAAACUCUCUCUUUCACUCUCUUUUCUCUCCAUAAUAAGUGACUCCUGCUUCAUACUCAUAGAGGGCAUGCCUGAAUGUCCAGAGAAAGGGAGAGAUUUGAUGAGAUAGGAAAGAAGAUCAAAAGGGAAGGAGAUCAUCAUCAUCAUCAUGUUUCAAAUUCUUCACCUCAGAUGGGAAGAAGACAUAUGUUAGGUCCACCAGGAACCCUAAAUACUAUAACCCCUUGUGCGGCAUGUAAGCUUUUAAGAAGAAGAUGUGCUCAAGAAUGUCCUUUUUCUCCCUAUUUCUCCCCUCAUGAGCCUCAGAAAUUUGCUUCUGUUCACAAAGUUUUUGGUGCCAGCAAUGUCUCCAAGAUGCUAAUGGAGGUAGCAGAAUGUUCUAGAGCAGAUGCAGCAAAUAGUCUUGUUUAUGAAGCAAAUGUGAGACUAAGAGAUCCAGUUUAUGGAUGCAUGGGUGCAAUUUCUGCAUUGCAACAACAGGUUCAAUCUUUACAAAGUGAACUCAAUGUAUUAAGAGGUGAAAUACUUAAAUACAAACUAAGAGAAGCAGCUAACAUCAACAUGAAUACUAUGAACAAUAUGAAUAUGAACAUGAAUAUGCUACCAGCUUCUUCUCAUCAUGUUCCAAUGCUCCCUUCUAAUUCUGUUGCUGUUUCAAUUGCUGCUCCACCGCCACCGCCGCCGCCACCUCCUCCUCUUCCUCCUACAAGUUCCAAUUCCUCUUCUUCCAUAUACUAUCAGAGGGAUCCAAACAACUAUACCAGAAUUUCAAGUGAUGAUAAUAUUUCUUAUUUUGGUUAACUUUGUUACUAGCUCUAAAUUAUAGUUAUUCCAUUUGGCAUCAAUCAAUUAAGUAAGGAAAAUGAGAGUAAUAUUGAUGCUGGAUCCAUUCUGUAUGUCAUUAAUUAUUAAUUUUUGUGUUAUUGUAUUAAUCUUAAUAUUAUUAAUGCUGACAUGUAUUUUAGAAAUAAAUGAGCAUGUGAUCAUAUCUGUAGAUUGUGAAUGUAAUUGAUACACAAACAUGUUAAUCUGUGCCACUGCUCUUUCAACCAUGUUGCGGGAGACAAAAGGAAUGCUAGCUUGCUUGCUUGUGAAUUGUGUUCUUCAACAUGAAUCUACUAUUUGAAUCACAAUUAAUAACCUCUCAGAAAUACACGGCUACUCUAUAGUACCGACACCUCUGAAAAAAACGAUGUCAUACAUUGAUACU